AUGGAUAAUUCUGCAAGGCUUGAUAUUAUAAAUCCAAUAGCAGAUGUGAAUCUCAUUAUUAAAAAAAUCCAGAACAAUUGUCAUAGAACCCUAAAUUCAAGUAAAGAAUGCUUUCCAUAUGUGGAGAGCUAUGCAUAUAAGCAUAUACCAGAAAAUAAGAGCUUUUCUAUAAUAGAUGGGAGUUUUGGAAUAAGGGGAAACAAUGGUUACGAAAACCAUUCUCAUGAGUCUACAUUGAAGCAUAGUGAUGGGAAAUUUACUGUGAAAGGGAUGUUUCAAACAAAACGGAAAAAUUUUCAGAGCUUGCAGUCUUGCUUUAAAAUUUAUAAAUCAAAAAGGAAUCAAGAAUCUGUAAAACAGAUGAGAUCUUUUGAUGCUUCUUGGACAGAUAUUGUCAAAAAACUAAUAUAUAUUAAUAACUGAUGAUCUGUAUAAUAUAAAAUCUUCAUAUUUUUAUAUCAUUAAAUCCUAAUAGUCCCAAAUUAGUCUAAACCUAAAUAGUUUGAAUAGAAAAGCACGCCUUUUGAUAGCUUUUAUCUAAUAAAUAGGAAAAGAGAUAAUCAGUAUGAACGUUUUUAUUCAUUCAAAUUAGAUAUAAACUAAUAUAAUUCUAAAUGAUAAGCAAAAAAUUCAAAAAAUACAAAAAAGCUCGAGAAGACGGUUUUCUACUUAUAGAUAUAGCAGAAAGACGCCUUCACCAACUCCCAUAAUUGACCAAAAAACAGACUCGUCUUAUUUAAUGUCGAAGUCUUCAAAACUUCAUACCAAGCAUCAAAAAUGUAAUCAUAGAAAAAUAAAUUCAACAGAAACUUCCACGCAUGAAAAAAAUUCCGAUUUUAAACCCGCUAUAUCAAUCGAAACGAAAAUUUUGCCAAAGAAAAUAAAUGAAUUUUGGCAUUAA